UAUAGGUAUCUGAAUAUCACUUAGGUGGGAACAUUGGAGACUUUUUGUGUUCAACGCCUUUCAUUUAGGUGUGGGUUGCCUAAUCACACUCUUGGCUGGUUGGAGUUGCUGCUGACGCUGCGCUCCGCGCCACUCCAUCGUUGUCCGCAAGGGACAAACCAAAGAAAAGCUAAGUUCGGUUGUUUGUCAUCGAGUCAUCGACGACGACGUCAUUGUCAUGGCCCUGGCAUUUAGGUCGCACCUCCACGGGGAAAAUUCCGCAUUAGUGCAAGAGAAGACCCAGCGGCUGUCUACCAGUAAUAACGAAAUAAAGCUACCAGCUUGUAGAGGUCCCAUACUAGUAGAUUGAAUCAUUCUGAUAGCUAUUCUGAUUGGCAUUGUUUCGAGCGUGGUAGAUCUAGCUAGAUCAAACCUUUUCCGGCAAUGUGGGGCCCGCUAAGUAAAGAAGGCCGUGGGGUGAUGCAAAGCAGAGGAACAAACAUAGAUACGGUAGGGCUACCGGUACCAGUCCUGCCGUGCCGUGCCGUACCGCUACCGGUACAAUGUACAGCAGUAGCCAGCACCGUGGUACCUGGUACCGCUACUGGUACCCCACCGCACCCUUUCUUGCAUGGCGCCACGUUUCUUGGUGGUACCACCAGGGCACCAAGAGUUCUAACCGUACGAUCGAUGGCAAUGGCAAGUAUACUCCGUUUUAGUGUGACCAGGGACCGCCUAUGUGACAAAACCGUUGCUUCAACUUUCAAUUCACUCUGUGAAUUGUAUGACCUCAACGAAGUGUUGCCGCCGACGUGCGUAACGCUCUCUUUUAGAGUUGCCCGGGUGGAAAGCAUCUCUGUCACUCCACAGUUUCUUAGGGCUAGAAAUAAAAGGCUUGAGGUCUUGGAAUUUUCAGUCAACAACAGCAAAGCUGGAAUAUCAUCAUGUCAGGCCAUCAAUGUUGGGAUGGUGAGGAACAAUUCCCCUUUCCGACCUCUGUCUCUACCACUGGACUGCCUGCCACUGUAGUGGGGCUGAACCAGCAACCAGCACGUCUGAUCCACUGCAAUUCCCACCCAUCAACGAUCAGUGUCUUCCGUGAGGCACAGACUGGUCUGUGAUUCUUUCUCUGAGUACAUCAUCUAUGGCUUAAUGUUGAGUGCGAUGGGCAUGCCGGUACCUAAUACGUACUCCUCCGGCGAAUGGGGAGGCAGAUGGGUCACUACUCAGAGUACUAGUACAGGCUACUGGUACCAUCCAUCCAAUGAGGGAGGAGGUACUAGCUAUCAUAGACCUCCACUCAGAGUAGCUAGUACAGUAUGGUUUAUCAUAAGGUGGCUCCUCCGUCGGUUUGGAUAACCCUAAAACAUAAGCCUUUAGCUUUUGAGCGAUGCCUACACUAUCUCUUUUAAUACCGAUCGUCACGCCAAAAUCUUAAGUGGCUUCACAGAGGCUUCCUCAAUUCAAUCAAGCAAGAACCAACCAACGGGCCGCUCGAUACUGUACUCGAUACCCCCGCCAUCAACAUUGGACAUUGGGUCUCGCUAUUAGUCUGGGAAGCUAUCAUACACAUCUGGCUGCCGCUGUGGAACCAUUAAUAUAUCUACCAAUAGAGGUUAUCUUUCUCAGUUUGUUUGUUCGGUAAAGAGCAGUGUAGUUGGAGUGAUUGAUAGUGACCAUGAUCGACGGUGUCACUUUUGGUGAAGGAAAUGCUCUAGGAAUCCAUCCAGAAGGCAAAACCUUCUCGGAUUGCUAUACUCUGCUGCAGCGCAUUGGAUCUGGAUCUUUUGGCGAAGUCUAUACGACAGAGCUCAAAGACAAGUCAGUCGACUCGAGCCAAUAUGCGUGCAAGAUAAUUGAUAGGACCAAACUCAAGAAAGAAUCAGACUUGACAGUUUUUCGCGAAUUGGCCAUCCUCAGAGAUAUUCGAGACUUGGACAAUGUCACUCGGCUGAAGGACUGUUUUGUGACCAAGACGCAUGUCCAUGUGGUGCAGACGCUCUGUCGUGGAGGUGAUGUCUUUGAACAACUAUCCAAGCAGAAAACUUAUACAGAACAUGAUGCCCGUGAUUUGGCUAGGACGCUGUUUUCUGUCAUGGAGUUGCUUCAUUUGCGACGAUUGGCUCAUCGAGAUUUAAAGCCAGAGAACUUGUUGUUGGUCAGUCGAAUGCAAGCUAGUCAAGUGGUGGUAGCAGACUUUGGUAUGGCGCAGUAUGUUCCCAAAUCAGGUGGCUUCUUGAGCACCCGCUGUGGAACUCCAGCAUUUGUCGCACCUGAAGUCGUCGCGGGAAGGCACUACAAUACACAAGUGGAUAUGUGGAGCAUUGGUACUCUGUUGUUUAUGCUAUUGGGAGGAAAGCCACCCUUUGCCGAUACCUCUUUCCAAGGCUUGUUUCGGAAGAUUCAGGCAGCCGAUUAUGACUUCUCGGCUCCCCAGUGGAAGCAAGUCAGUAUCCCCGCCAAGCAGUGCUUGGCCAGUUUGCUGCGAGUCGACCCCUACUACCGUGCCACAGCCUCAGAAGCCCUACAAUCGGCUUGGUUUACUGCCACCACAGAUGAUCAAUUGAGGGGCAAUGAUCUCACAAGCAGUGUUCGUGAACUGAAGUCUUGGGUUGCCAAACGGCGAUUCAAGAGUGCUGUGCAUGCAGUCCGACUCACGUCCCAUUUCUCACGGUUUGUGGUCAAAGAUCACAGCUCAUUGCUACAAAAGGUCAAGGCGUGGGAUACUGAUGGCGACGAGGACAAAUCCAACCAAAAACACAACGCUGGAACGCCUUUGCUCUCGCAAUGGAAAGGCAAAACACAGAACUUUGACGAACUCUACGAAAUUCAAGACGAGAUUGCCAGGGGUGAACACUGCACCGUGUACAAGUGCGUUCGAAAAAAGCCAACUUCGGGCAAGAAACUUGGCGAUCAGGAAACCUUGGCGGUCAAAAUGAUCCCUCGCAACAGUGGCUCAGAUGUGGAACAGGCAGUCUUGCACGAGGUAGCAGUCAUGCAAAACCUAAAGCAUCCAGCUAUGGUUCAGAUUGUCGAUUUCUUGGAAGACACUAGCAACUACUACGUCAUCUUGGAACAUGUCCCAGGAGUAUCGGUGAUGGAACAUUUGAUGAGGAUGCAACUCCAGAAAAAGAAACCUGUUUCUUUCACCGAGCAAGACGCUCGUGCCAUUGUGGAACCCUUGCUUCAGGUUAUUGCAUAUAUUCAUGGGGAAGGAGUUGUCCACAGGGAUUUGUCGUUGGACAAUGUACUGAUGGUUGAUGCGGAUGCUAGCCAAGGCGAUACCAAAGGCGACAAAAAGUCGACGGCCCCGAUUGUGAAACUGUGCGAUUUUGGCUUGGCGCGCCGUGUCCCGGCUCCUCGAAGUGUCACGAGGUGCUGUGGCCAACCCUUGUACAUGGCCCCCGAAGUAGUCAAACACAUUCCUUACGAUCAAUCCGCUGACAUGUGGAGCAUUGGUGUCUUAUUGUACAUGCUGCUGUGUGGAACGCCGCCCUUUGCUGCAGCUACCGAGAAGGAGCUCUUUGCCAAGAUUCGUUUGGGAAAAUGGGCAUUUCCCCCUCACAUUGUCAAUACGGGUGCCAUUUCGGAUGCUGCCGAGGAACUUGUUCGCAAAUUGCUUGUCCCUGAGCCUCUUCAACGAUGGACAGCCGAAGAAGCCUUACGAUGCAAAUGGUUCAAGGAAGAUGAAUCAUCUCUGUCCAGCAUUGAUCUGUCUAAGAGCCUACCGAAACUCAGGGAUCUCAAGUCGAAGUUCAAGUCAGUGGCCAAGGUAGUCAUGAAGUUAACUCCUACAUGUGGCCCUGGCGAAGGAUACAAGCGCCCCUCGAUCAGGACACCGGACGGCCUAGUGAUGGAUGCAGAGGGCCACAUGCUGGGAAAGGAGGUCGAAUUGGAAGCCUACCGCGCCACGACCAUGUUCUUUUCCGAAGACCCAGAACAAAAGGUGGAUGAUCCUGCAAAGAUGCACAAGGUGCAAACCAACGACGAAUUGGGACUGCCAGGAAGCCAAACAGACAGCGCCAAGCAUAUCGUGUAAGCUUGGACGCCAGAGUCGAGCCAGUCUGUUUGCGGUGGUUCCUGUAAUGUUUGUUAAUGCCUAACCCCACUAGACAUGGAAUGUUAAUGCU